AUGCUCUAUGAUAUGGAGUCCCAUAGCAGGGAAAGGGGCAUUGGAGUUGCUUUGGAGGGAAAGAAGAAGCAAAAGGUCGCAUAUGUCCCAGGUUGCAUGAUACUAUUGUGUAUUAGAACUAACACUCUACAAAAUGCCCUCUUAGACACCUCCAGACCUCCAAUGACAAAUUGGGCAUCAGGGGAGGAGAGAAUCGCAUCUAUGAGGAUGCCGACAAUUAUUUCAAAGGCUAAGUCAGCGUCAAUAACAUUUGUCCAUAGGCCUAUUGCGGAGGUCGCUUCUCCUGGUCAUGUUCAUUCACUUCCCGCUGAACAGAGGGAUGAAGGUCCCGCUGUACAGAGGGGUGAAGUUCUUCAGCAAAAGCGUCAGGCAAAGAGGAAGGCUUUGCAGGAAGAAACUACUAAGAACUUCUCAAUAGGUUACAUCAUGGCAAAGCAUAUUGACGUUGCUUUUGACGAUGAAGAGGAGAUCAAUGUUCUUCCUAUUGAGCAGCAACUCACAUUUUGGAGAAAUUCUGCUAAAUUUCUCAAACGACUUCUUGUUGCUACAAAGCAGACCAAGAGCAAAUAUUGUAAAGAAUUCAUGAUUGAGAUCAACAAGCUUAACAGGAUAAUUGAAAAAUGUGGAAGACAUGAUGAGGUUAUAGACUCGGUUCUCCUUAAGUCAAAUAUCAAACAGAAAAUUACAAAUGAAAUUAGGAAGAAGUGA